AUGGUGUCAACACAUAAUAGAGAUAAACCUUGGGAUACUCCAGAUAUCAAUAAAUGGGAAAUUCAAGAAUUUAAACCUGAAGAUAAUGCUAGUGGGCUACCAUUUACUGAGGAAUCUAGUUUUAUGACCCUUUUCCCCAAAUAUAGAGAAACAUAUUUAAGAGAAGUCUGGGGUGAUGUUACCAAAUCAUUAGAUAAGUACCAUGUUGCAUGUACUUUGGAUUUAAUAGAAGGGUCCAUGACAGUUAAAACCACUAGAAAGACAUAUGAUCCAGCAAUUAUUUUAAAAGCUCGUGAUUUAAUUAAAUUAUUAGCCCGUUCAGUUCCAUAUCCACAAGCUAUUAGAAUAUUACAAGACGAUAUUGCCUGCGACGUUAUUAAGAUUGGUAAUGUUGUAAACAAUAAAGAAAGAUUUGUAAAGAGAAGACAACGUUUAGUAGGGCCUAACGGUAAUACAUUAAAGGCUUUAGAAUUAUUAACCAAAUGUUAUAUCCUAGUUCAAGGUAACACAGUCAGUGCCAUGGGGCCAUUUAAAGGGUUAAAAGAAGUACGUAGAGUUGUAGAAGAUUGUAUGAAGAAUGUCCAUCCAAUUUAUCAUAUUAAAGAAUUAAUGAUUAAAAGAGAAUUAUCUAAAAGACCAGAAUUAGCUAAUGAAGAUUGGUCAAGAUUUUUACCAAUGUUUAAGAAGAGAAAUGUUGCACGUAAGAAGUCCAAGAAACCAAAGAAGGAAAAGAAAGUUUACACACCAUUCCCACCUGCUCAAUUACCUAGAAAGGUUGAUUUGGAAAUUGAAAGUGGUGAAUAUUUCUUGAGUAAAAAAGAAAAAGAAAUCAAGAAAUUAAAGGAACGUAGAGAGAAACAAGAAGAAAAACAAGUAGAAAAGGAAAAGGAAAGACGUAAAGAUUUCAUUGCUCCAAGUGAAAAAGAAUAUAAAAGUAGUUUGCAAAAAUAA